AUGCCUCGCCCUUCUCGACCAGUUUUGUCGGGUGAUGAGAGUGAUGCCAGCACGGAUCUCCCUGAUAUCUUCUCAAACGAUGCCUCCGAGGACGAUUCCUCCUCUAGCGACCCUGAUCUAGGCGUCGAUAUCGAAUCAGAUGAUGAAUCAGAUGAUGACUCGAUCCUAGGUGACGAAGAGGAACAACCUACACCGGAGUACUACCUCCAAGAGGCUGAGAAUCUCGAUGUGUCGCAGCUCCGACAACAAAGAUACAGUCCUAGGACUCAGAAUAAACUGGACGAGACUCGGGAUUACUGGGACCGGUUCUGUCAGGGUGGAAAUCAAGAUCCCGUGAAAUGCUUCCACUGGCUUUCUGAUUCAACUGAGACCGUACGAUUCUUAAAAGCUCUUUUCUCUUGGCGCUGUGGCCAGCGACGGAGCAAGGAUGGUCGACGCACACCGGGUAUCAAGUAUAAGAGCUCACUGGAGACAUUCUGGAAGUGGUGGCACUUGGUUUACAAGGCCGAAGUUGGGCACGGGCUCAGCAAAGACACCAUUGUUAAGAUCGAAGAUGUACUCGCGAUUAUUGCUGAAGAAAAGAAGCUCCGUCUUGGGUGCCGACCGAAAGCGACUAUGUAUAUCGAGGACGUCGCAGAGUUCGCCCGUGUGAUCCUUUCGACAACCGAGAUGACGUUCCCUUAUGGCUGGCUCCGAAUCCAACUCCUCCUUUUCUGUCAGCUAGCCGCUAUCACUGGUAGCCGUCCUGGGGCGCUUCUGAACCUUCGUUAUCGAGACCUCUCGUUGACCCUGAUCCGGGAUCCGGAUGGAGGGUGCCCUCGGUUAUUCAUUUACCUGACGCCAGAAUUCACGAAGACUUUCCUUGGCAAGAAGGAGCCAAAUACGUUCCCUAUCCCGGAAAUUAUCUAUGAUCCGACCCUCGUCCUCAGUCCACACGUUUUUCUCCUGGGCAUGCUCUUUCGCAUUAGAGCUUUCAAGAAUUUUUCGAAGGACGGGCGCGUCGUGGACUGUCCGGAAAAUCUUUAUAGUCUUGGUGUCUUGAACGGGCUCGGUGAGCAGGAACUGAAGUUGAAAGACGAAAUCCUCGAUCAAUUUGUAUUCUGUCAGGCGAUUCGGGAAGCAGACGGCUUUCGAAUUGCCCUGGACGAGCAACUGUCGGAGGGAUCACUGCGAUAUCGGAUGAAGCGAGGGGGUGAGAUCACUGGUUUUGCAGAGGUCACGAAGCCGUAUGGCCUGCGAUACGGAGCAGCUAAAGCGUUCAAUGAUAAUCCCGAUGUGACCAAUGAACUACAGAACGUGAUGCUACAGCAUACCAACAUUGACACCUUCGUCCGGCACUACAGUGUAGGCAUCCAUGUUGACGCGCAAGCGAUUGUCCGAGGCCUACCAGCCCAGAAGCAGCUCAUGCGCUUCGCAAGCUCCAUGAGCCGGUCUAUUGACCCCCGAAGACCCUACAAGCUGGAAGACUCGAGUUCUAUCAAUGCCAUCCCACGAGUGUGUACCCUGCAAGAGGCGGUAGAUGCACGGAGGCAGAUUCGGGAUAGGAACAAGCGGGCUUAUAAGAAUUUGAACGAAAUAUUUCAAAAAGCGUUUGAGGGCGACUCUCCACAAAAUGAUUCAUCGCUCAAGAACGUGAAGAAAUCCCAGAAAAAGUUCAAACGUGCGGAGCGCCGGUAUCAAAGGGCCCUCCGUGAGUUACGAAAUGAGAAAGGACGGCAACGGAACUGUUUGAUCCGUGAGAACCUGGAACGAUAUAAGAAUGAGCAGCCAGUCAUUGACAGCGAACGGCAACUUUCCGGGAAGAUAGUGGACGAAGAAGUGAUAGAUGCUCUGGAGCAUACCGGAUAUAUGACCCCACAGCAUAUGAUGCUAAUCGACACUGUCCUAACUAUGCCGGCUACCACGGUGGAAAAGGAAUAUCAGCGUCGGAUUGCUGCGAUCAAUGCUGUGAUUGCAUUCUGUGAUGUGGAGGAGGGUGCUCCGUCGCGGCCCUACGUCUCCAGAAAACGUGAUGCCACGGAUGCUGUGGAUGCCCUACCCUUACCAUCCACUACUUUUGUUAAACGACAGAAGUCCUCCCCUGAAGACGAGAGUGAGAGCGCUCUUCGCCAAGCGAUCGCGUCAGUUUGCAUCAAAUCUCCAGGUGAAAGACCGAAGAUUUGCUUUCUCUGCCUUGGGAAUUCCAAGCUACCGGGAAAAGAGCGAUUGGAGGUAUUCAAGAACCCUGGCUCCCUUACCCGGCACUUCGUGAACAGGCAUAUCAGACCUUUCCCGAAAGACAUGCAUAGCCAGUGUACUAUCUGUGGAGAAGAACUUGGGAGCAAGGCGCUUUUGAUGAAUCAUGCGAAAAGAGCACAUGGGAUUGUCUCACGCUUGCCUCCAUCUGCACUUGGCUCAAUUUAG